AUGGAUCCCACGUCGUUGCAAUGCAAAUACGACUACUGUGAGAACACUUGUCUCUUUUUCAGGUGUAUGUCGGUUCUAAAAGUCGUGAAUGUUUGUGUCAACAGUGCACACAGCGUUAAAGCCAAAAUGCCACAACAUUUGAUAACAAUCCAAAAAAUGCUAACUGAAAGCUUCCAACGUCUUCCUCGUUUUUGUCGGCCAUUGCGUUAUGUGAUUCAACUCAAACCCUGUUUUGAUACGUUCACCUUUGAUGGCAAGGAGACCAUCUCACUAGAUCCCGGUCCGGCCACUCUGGACAUCAGUUUCACCGGAAAGAUUAGUGAUAAGAUGAAUGGAUUGUACAAGAGCGUCUACACAGAUGACAGCGGUGUCAACAAGGUUAUGCUGGCCACGCAUUUUGAACCCACAAGCGCACGGCGAGCGUUUCCUUGUUGGGAUGAACCGGAUUUCAAAUCCGUCUUCAGCAUAACUCUUGUUGUCCCAAGCACUUUGACUGCAAUAUCCAACAUGCCCUUGUUAUCGAAGACCGAACAGAGCGAUGGAUGCGCCGUCCACGUGUUUCAGGAUUCGCCAAAGAUGUCAUCUUAUUUGGUUGCUUUCGCCAUUGGCGAGAUGGAAUAUGUCGAGGCUCGGGACGGAAACGGCGUUUUGGUUCGUGUCUACUCUCGUCCUGGCCUCGUUACCGAAGCUGGACGUGGUGAACUGGCCUUGGAUACGGCGUGUCGUAGCUUGCCAUUCUUUGGUGACUACUUUGGCGUUCGAUACCCUUUGCCAAAAUGCGAUAUGCUUGCGAUCCCAGACUUUUCUGGUGGCGCAAUGGAAAAUUGGGGACUGGUCACAUAUCGCGAGCGCACGUUGUUAGCCGAGAAAGACACCGCCUCGCCUGGUUCCAAACAGUCAAUCGCCCUGACCGUCUCCCAUGAGCUGGCCCAUAUGUGGUUCGGGAAUUUAGUUACGAUGGAAUGGUGGACCGACCUCUGGCUUAAGGAAGGUUUUGCCACGUGGAUCGAAUACCUUUGUACCAACCACUGUUUUCCCGAAAUGGAUAUUUGGACUCACUUCACCUACGGCGAAUUAGCCUGUGCGCUUCGACUAGACGCAUUGGCCAACUCACAUCCAAUUGAGGUCGAGGUCAGCAACCCGGAUGAAAUCGACGAGAUAUUUGACACCAUCUCCUACAGCAAAGGGUCCAGUCUUAUACACAUGCUCCAUGCCUAUCUUGGGGACGAAGCUUUCCGUGCUGGACUCUGUUCCUAUUUGGCGAAUCAUGCCUACGCAAACGCGACAACCGAGGACCUGUGGAAUGCCCUGGGGUCCGCUUCCGGCCUUCCGGUUGCUUCGAUUAUGCGACCUUGGACACAAAAAGCCGGUUUUCCGGUAGUUUCGGUUGAACCUUUUGAAGUACAAGACAAACACAUCCGGGUGAAGUUGGAACAGCGUCAGUAUCGACUGCCGUCAAACUCGCCGAACACUCCCAAAGAACCUCAGUUGUGGCCAGUGCCGGUCGUUUUUACUUGCCGAUCCGCGGACGGUCAACACACUGCUACCUACAAGCAUCUUUUCACCAGCGCAAGUGAGGUUGUCGACAUCCCGCUUACCUGGACAGCCUCAAGCGUAGAUGACUGUCUUGUUCAGAUAAAUGCGGAUGGAACCGGCUUCUACCACGCCUGUUACAUGGAGCAACAACUCUAUAGGUUCGCGCGUCUAAUGACAUCGUUGAACUGGUCUGUUGCGGCCAAGUUCACGUUCAUUAAUGAUGGAUUUGCCUUGGCCAAGGCGGGCUUUAUUCGUAUCUCGGACUGGCUUGCCAUACUCCCCCAACUGGUUGAAGGCGAACGGUCGUAUGCUGUUUGGCAAUGUGUACUGAAUGACGGGUUGGCCGCGCAUGUUCGAAGGCUAGUGCAUGAAGGAGAAUUGUCCGUCUCUGCUUAUCAUUCUUUCCUACGGGGUCUCGUGCGACCCGUGUUAGACUCUUUGGAUUUCUUCCCUACCGGUGAUUCGGUCCGCGCCGAGUUGUCUCACGACGCACGUUUGCUGCGGUCACUGCUAGUGAGAACUGCCGGUGCCGAGGCCGGUGAUAAAGAUGUGAUUGCCGAGGCGCAAAGACGGUUUGAUUUAUAUCGUCGUGAUCCCAACCCCAAUAUUAUUCCUGGGGAUCUCCGCGUUGCUAUCCUUUCAACCGUUGUCCGACAUGGAGGUCAUGAUGUGAUUGACUAUUUGAUGGAGGCCUAUCGUGUAGCAAAGUCUCCAGAAGAACGCCCACAUAUUCUGAGUGCACUGGGUGCGGCAAGGGAGGUGAGUGGCCAUCAGGACGGAGGAGAUCCAGCCGAACCGCAUUCACCGCUACUACGAGUGCUGAAAUUCUGUUUGGAUCCAAACGGCCCGGUGCGUGAUCAGGAUCGUAUUCACGGACUGCAAGCCUGUGCUUCUUGGUCUCAUGCAUCCCGAGUGGCUACCUGGGAAGCUAUGAAAGAAGACUGGUCGCACUUGUCGGACAUAUACCAUGGUCAAUUCUUGCUUGCCUUCCUGAUUAAGGGUGUACUGUCCGGUUUCGGGAUGGAUAAAUACGUCGCAGAUGUCAAGACCUUUUUCGACAAAACUCCGGUAAGCUGUCCCCGUGCGGUAAAACAGGUGUUUGAGACAAUGGAAAUCAAUCAAAUGUUACUUCGGCGAGACGCUUCAUUGGUGGAUUCGGCGCUUAGUAAUCUGUCUAAUGGCGGGGGCGCCUCUUGACUUUUUGAUACGCUUUAUUCUAUCAUGAUGUCUGUGUGUAUGCCCGGUGUUGACCAUUGGAAUGUUGUUAGUGCAUUUGUGUUUCCCAUAUUGAUAGCGGCUUUCCUCCUAGGUGAAGGAACUGAUUCUUGGUUUGUGCAUUACUAAUAAAUCUUUCAAAAUUUAUGGAUAUAAACUUCGG